GAAGCAACUGUGGUAUCAUCAGCAGGAUUAGGUCUCUUGGAAUUGAGUCUACCUAUGCCCCUGAACAGCUAAAUCCAGGAUUGUAGAUGAUGAGCCAUAUUUGUGUCUUUUGCUGUGUAUCUGGUGAAGGGAAAAUGAUCCCUCUGCUACAGCUGGUUUUAUUCACUAGAACAGUUCAUGAGGGGUAUCGUUGGCUUUCUGUAAAUUAAAGCAGUCCUGGAGUUGCUGCUGUGGGUUUGAUAGCACCUGCUGGCUAGGGAAUCUUGGGAAGGUACAGAAGUAGAAUAAAGGCCCUUCCCUCUUUCUGUAGGUGGUAAAACAGACAUCCAGGCAAGGAAGCUGCAGUACUUCUGGCUUUACUUCAUAUUGCUCUUUCUUCAUUGUGUACAAAUGGAUGAAAAUAAAUAGGUAGAGGAAAAAUAAGAAACAAAAUGAAACCUUUCCAAAGUGUCUCUCUUUUCAAGAGCCUGCUUUCCAAUUGCUACUGUCACUGUCAACUUCACAGCUGUCUUCUCCCUCCUAUUGCAAAGAAGAUAAGUUAUGUGGUGGGACUGCACAACUUCUGGAGGCCAAAAUCUUUAUUGGACAUAGCUAGAUUCACUCUGUCGUUUAACAGUUGGCAUAGGAAAAAACAUCAGGAUAUUCAAGCAUUGUGGAAGCAUGAGGCUGUGCAGAAGUAUCUGGAGACUCUGAGCAAGAAAUACCAGCAGGUUAGUCAUCUGUUAAAUGCUGACUCAAUAAAUGACUUGGAGCAAAAAGCCCUGAGGAGAAGAUUGGCCAAUCUGUCCCCAAUUGCAGCUGCAUUUCAAGAAAUCAGAGAAGCUGAAAGAGAACUUCAGGAGUUAAACACUAUGUGCAGAGAGCUAGAUAGCAGAGAUGAGAAACAACUUCUAGAGCUUGCCUUAGAAGAGAAGGAAACCCUGGAUAAAAAAAUCAACAUGUUGUACAGAAAGCUUUGCCAGCUUCUAGUGCCAAAGGAAAAAUAUGAUAGAAGUCAUGUCAUAUUAGAAGUGACAGCUGGCAGAACAACUGGAGGAGACAUCUGCCAACAGUUCGCUAAAGAAAUGUUUGAGAUGUACCAGAACUAUGCAGACUAUAAACGUUGGACUUUUGACAUUGUGAACUAUAUGCCAGCUGAGAUAGGUGGGUUGCAUCAUGCCACUGCUCAUAUUUCAGGAGAUGAUGUCUACAGGCAUCUGAAAUAUGAAGGAGGGACUCAUCGAGUCCAGCGAAUCCCUGAGACAGGCCUAUCAUCAAGAAUGCAGCGUAUUCACACUGGGACAACGUCAGUUAUCGUCCUCCCUCAGCCAGAGGAGGUUGACGUUAAAGUGGAUCCCAAAGAUUUGCGUAUAGAUACAUUCAGGGCUAAAGGAUCAGGAGGGCAACAUGUUAACAAAACUGAUAGCGCCGUGAGACUUGUACACCUUCCCACAGGACUGACAGUUGAGUGCCAGCAGGAGCGAUCACAGCAGAUAAACAAGGAAAUAGCUCUGCAGACACUGAGAGCUAAGCUGUACCAGCAGAUCAUUGAAAAACAACUAAGUCAAGAGCAGAGUGCCAGAAAACUGCAGUUGGGAACAAGAGCCCAGUCAGAGAGAAUUCGUACUUAUAACUUCACCCAGGACAGAGUCACUGACCACAGGAUCUCAUAUGAUGCACGCGAUAUCAAGGCAAUUCUAAGUGGGAAAGAAGCAUUGGAUAAACUAAUCAACAGACUAAUGGAGUAUGCAGAGAUAGAGGCUGUCACCGAAUAUCUAGAAAACUUGCAGGCUACUGAAGACCUUCUGUAGAGUUAAAGCAGAAAUGUUGUGUUCAGUAGCAAGAUAAAAUGGAUGUAUUUGUUAGAUGAUAGAUUGAUUAAAAUCUAUGCCUGAUUUUCAGUGUGUAAUACUACUCUUAUUUAUAUUUUGGUGCAAAUUGAAUCUAUUACAGCAGCCCCAGCAGAAAAGAACAAGCAUGGAGUGCUGUGUGCACAUAUCUCCUGUCUCGGCAACGUGGCUUUAUUGAGCUGGUCAUUUUUUGACCACAUUGCAGCUGGGAAGAUACAAAAUCGUGGUGAUAGAGCCUAAGAAAUACUACAUAGUGUACUUUUUGUUUUGGGGGUGGGAGAUGUUCCUCUCCAGGUGAAAGAACCAGAGCUUCCCAAACAUAAUCUAGAAUCUGGCCUUAUGAUUACUACUUGGUUUUAUCCAUUGAUUGAGAGAGCUUC